UGGAGGGGCGGGCGGGGACCCAGCGGCAGCGCUCUCGCCGGCCGGGUUUUCCACUGUUCGGUUAAAAUCCCGCCAGGCGGCUCCGUACGCGGGCCCUUCCCUCCCGCCGCGAAGAAAAGACACGAUUUUUCCGUCGCGGAGCGAGGCAGCCGAUAGGUGUCCAGCGCUCGGCGUUAGCAAAGCGGGAAGCAUGGCGGCGACGGGGGUUGCGGCGAGGACCGAGGCUGUCUCGCCGGCUGGAGGGGGUUUGGUAGUCAACUGGUCAGGCCAAGGAUUGCAAAAACUGGGUCCGACCUUACCCUGUGAUGCUGAUACUCACACUUUGAUUCUGGACAAAAACCAGAUAAUUAAAUUGGAACACUUGGAGAAAUGCAGGAAUCUGAUGCAGCUCUCUGUAGCCAACAAUCGUUUGGUGCGAAUGAUGGGUGUAGCAAAACUGACUAAGCUUCGGGUGCUAAACUUGCCUCAUAAUAGUAUUGGGUAUGUGGAAGGGCUGAAGGAUUUGGUGCAUCUGGAAUGGCUGAAUUUGGCAGGAAAUAACCUUAAGGCCAUUGAACAAAUCAAUUACUGUCUAUCUCUUCAGCAUCUUGAUUUGUCAGACAAUAACAUAGCUCAAUUAGGUGAUCUCUCCAAGCUUACAUCGCUGAAGACUCUGUUGCUGCAUGGAAAUAUUAUAACUUCACUUCGCACUGCCCCUGUUUGCCUACCUCAGAAUCUGACUGUUUUUUCUUUGGCAGAAAAUGAAAUCAGAGACUUAAAUGAGGUUUCUUUCCUGGCCUCUCUUUGUCAAUUGGAACAGUUGUCAAUUAUGAACAAUCCUUGUGUGAUGGCCACACCUUCUAUCCCUGGCUUUGACUACAGGCCGUAUAUUGUCAGCUGGUGUCUGAACCUUAAAGUUCUUGAUGGAUAUGUGAUUUCUCAGAAGGAAAGUUUGAAAGCAGAAUGGCUCUACAGUCAAGGUAAAGGAAGAUCAUACCGACCUGGGCAGCAUGUUCAGCUAGUCCAGUACUUGGCUACUGUUUGUCCUCUUGUAUCUACAUAUGGUCUCCAGACUGAAGAGGAUGCCAAACUGGAAAAAAUACUGAGUAAGCAAAGGCUCCACCAGAGGCAGCUGAUGCAUCAAAACCAAAAUGAAGGUCCACCUACAUCUUCUGCUCCCAACAAAACACUGCCAGUUGCUUAUGAACGCAGCAGUCCAUCCCAGCCGCCACAGAUAGUUCUUGAAAGUGAACCUAUCAUCCAGAAGAAUUCCUGGGUUGGACCAAGUGCAAACGAUGAUCAUUCCUAUGCAGUAAAGAACACUUUUCUUCUUGAAAGAAGUUUUCACAAGGAGCUAUACCUUGAAGAUAUACAGACAGAUGAAGACAAACUAAACAGCAGCCUUUUAUCCUCAGAGUCUACUUUCAUGCCAGUUGCUUCAGGAUUGUCUCCAGUGUCUCCUACUUCAGACCUGAAGCUACAUGGAAUCACUUUGGGCCUAGGAGACGAUGAUGAUACAGUGGUCGAAUGUGAGAGAGAUGUUAAUAGCGGAGAAACAACUAUCAAGCAAGAAGCUUCAUGUGUUACAAGAGAGCACUCGAACAGAGCAGUGGAAAGUGUGGAAACUCAAGAGAAUAUCAAAGAGAGUAUGCUGUUGCCUUCUGCUGAUCAAGUAACAGCUAGCUUGACUGCUAAUGCUAGCAACUGUUCAGCGUCCUCUGAAGACCAAGUUCUGCAUAAUCAUCCCAGCACCUCAGUGGGUGCUGAAUCGGGAGUUACAACUCUCUGUCCUGACCAGAUGACAGGAGAAAGUUCUGAUUCCUUAGCUGUUGUCAAUCAAGGUGCAGCUGAACUGCAAAGAAUGGCUAAAGCAGCUACCAAGCUUCAAGCCUGCUGGAGAGGAUUUUACACGAGGAACUACCAUCCCCGAGCCAAGGAAGUGCGGUAUGAAAUUCGCUUAAACAGAAUGCAGGAGCACAUCAUUUGCUUAACUGAUGAAAUAGAAAAACUAAGAAAAGAAAGAGAGGAAGAUAAGAUUCAGAGGCUUGUACAGGAGGAAGCUGUCAGAUUUCUUUGGAACCAGGUUAAAUCCCUUCAACAAUGGCACCUUUCAGUAACACAGAAUUUAGGUGCCACUUGGCAACCUGGGAUCCCUUCAGCCAGUAUUUGCUGUUCAUCCGAACCAUUUAUUCGAUCAUCCACACUUGAGCAAGAAACCACACCAGAUGUUAGCUCUGCUUGUUUAGUUCCAACUAGUGAAGUUCUUCAGGAAAAGUCUUUGUUGCAGUUCCCAGAUUCUGGUUUUCAUUCUUCUAUGGCUGAUCAGACUCAUGUCAGUGACUUGUGUAGCUCUGAAAAGAGUUUAACAGAAGGAACUGAGAGCUCUCUUUCAGUGGAAACUGUUAAACAAUGUGGCAAUUCUGUUUCAGCCUAUUCUUCAGAUGUAGAGGAUGGCCAUGGGGAAUGUGAGCAAAGCAAAGAGAGCUCUAGUAGUGAACAGGACAACAGACUAAUACAACAGUAUUUGAAAUCUGUUCAGCAGCUGGAAGAGGCUGAUGAAGGGACAGAUUGCAAUGAUGAAACAGAGGGUAGCUGGCCACAAAUUGCUGUUUCACCAGAAAGCCAAGAUUCUUCAUCUGACACUGUCUUUGUAGAUCUCCCUCAAGAUACAUCUUCCCCUGCCCGAGGUGAAAUUGGUCAGACACCAGAAAGCUGCAAACUGAAUUCAGGAAUAGCAGAAGGGAAGCAAACAGACUGCGAUUCUUCAUUUCAGAUGCUGCAUGUUGGGAUAGCUGUAUAGUAGGCUCAGUUCCACAAAGGACUAGGGAUUCCAUUUCACUUUCCUUUCUCUUUCUUUUUCCCAUUUAUACAAAACUUAUUUUUCACGUGUGCUGUUUCAGAUUUUUACUCAUGUUACCAAUUUAUGUUUUAAUUAGUAUUUUAUUGGUGUUGCUGAGGACUGACUCUAACUGUGCUAACCUGAAAUCAGCAAAGUUCUCAGUGACGGUCAUUAUGCACUUUAUUUUCAAACAUAAACCUGAUAUCUUAAUAACUGGCUUCCAUUAAAUUAAUUCUGAAGAUUGGGGGUGUUGGGGGGGGGUGUUUGCUGUAAAUUGACAUUGGUGAAUGUGGUAGUAAGUCUUUGCAUUUUUUUCUAAAAAGCAGAAUUGAGUUCUAGUUUGCAAAGAGAAGGAAACACCAUGGGAAGAAACAGCGUCAGCAUAGGCAGUGUGUGCGUAUGGAUACAGCCUGAUGAGAAAGGUGAAAGCAGUUGCCUUUCAGACUUCUUUUGACUUUAACGAGUAGUUUGGUCAGUGUUUGAAAGAUGCAUUCCAUGAAAUCAGUGUCCAAGUCAGUGACUUCUUUUUGUCAUUUACUUGAAGCUGCUGGCUAGGAAUUAGGUCAUUUACGUACGCACUGAAACAAGGACUUAAAGGAGUGAGACCUUUGGGAGCUUCAAACAAACUUUGACCUUUGUUUGCCCUGGGGUUGAAUUUCGCUGCUUUCUCAGGUAAGACUCAAAGUGGAACCAGUAGCAGCCUUUACUAAAUAAGAAUUUCAAAAGGGCGUGUGAUUUGGGAACAUAGUUUCCAAGAUUGCGCUGCUGGGUUACAGCAGCAGGCUUGGUGGCAUAUGUUUUGCCUCCACAAGGAUGCUAAUGGCAUUGUGGGAUUUGGAUCUGCAUGGCUUUCAAGACAUUAGUGCAUUUGAUAGAUCACAACUACUUCUAUCUACAGGUAUAAAUAUUAAAAGCAAAUGCCAUGACUUAAAACUAUUUCUUGACAUCUCUGUUGGGCUUUUUGGUUUUUUUUUUUGUUUUUUUUUUCUCUGUAUGUCCAGUAUUUGACAUUCUAAUUGGAUGUGGAUAAAAAGCUGUAUUUCUUCCCUGUUGGUAAAUGUGCUAAGUUACCUGGGCUAUGCUUUCCACUUAAACACUGGGCAAGCAAAAGGGUUUGUAUCUUGCCUAGCCAUUGCUAUGUUGUUUUUUUAAUGGAAAAAGAUCAGGUAUGUUAGUGUACCACAGAAGUGGCAAGGGAAAUCUGUUUUGCCAUGCACAAAUUUGUUUGUGGUAGACACUAGUAAAAUGAAAGCUGACAUUUUGACUUCUAGGGGUCAGUUCAGUUUGCUAAUACUGCAUUUUACAACGUGCACUGGAAAGCCAGUGUUUCAGUAGUUUGCUAAUAUUAACUUCUUAGAUAUAAAGACACAUGUAUAUUAUAAUUCUCUGAAUGCACAGGUUAACUUCUGGUGCUAUGGUGUCGUUAAAAUCAGCUAGUGCUGUUUUAAAGUGACUCUUAUGGCCAUGUUACCAUGUAAAAUAAUUUAAUUUUUGUAAAAGCUUUGGUUCCUUACCUACUUUAGGUUCUGAGCUGAAAUUUACCACUACUCAGGAGUUUGGCAUGAGGCCAGUAUCUGCUUGAGGCCUCAAAAUAGCCUUUAUUUAGAACAUAAAUGGUGUAUUGGACUUGUACCAGCCAUCUGCCCAGUGGUGAAGUUCACCUUGGAAGAAUAAAGCUUGCCUCUGUGUAUAGAGUAGCCAUCAUCACUUUUUCCCCACCCCCCAAAAAAUACGUUCUUGGGCACUAACUUCUCAAAAGAGCUGUAACUGCAGUCAAGCUGACAUUUAACUGUGCCUUGCAUAUGUGAGAGCAUUUUAAAAAAACAACCAAACAAAAAAAAAAAACCCCAACAGCUGAGGUGGUAGAUUCUUAAUGUGCUAUCUUUCUAACUCAGUCUAGUUACAGCACAUUUGUAGCAUAACCAUAUUCAUGAUUAGAUCUUAAAGCAUGAGCGUGCCUGGGUAUUGAAAGUGGUACAGGUGCAUUAAUGUAUCACAACAUCUAAUUAACUGUGUGAGGAAGUGUGUACUCGAUAAUACCCUUGUCCUCUGAAGGUUCUCAACUUGGAUUUCAAUCUGCCAUGCUUGGAGAUCUCUACAAUUCAUAGGAUUUGGCUCUUUGACUGUCAAUCUGUUGUAAAAAAACAACUCGUAUAAACCUUUAAAGAGACUUUCUUUGGGUUUUGAGAGAGAAAUAAUUUCUGUCUCUGAAACAGUUGUUGGACCUUACACUCUGGAGGCAGUGGUUAGGUGUAAUAAAACAGUAAGUUCUCUUUCGUGGCAGAGUGCUGUAUUAGCAUAUGCAAAACCUGGGAGAAACUGGCCCACUGUCUGGAUUAAAAUGUUUCACUUACUGAGGACACUGAGGGACCAUACAUAUUUUGCUAUUUUGUAUUAUUGUUACUUUUGCUGCAGAAUUAGGAAGAGGAGAAACAACCUUAAUUUUGGAAGUGUCAAAGGGGGAAAACUUGGUGAAACUUAAUUUUUCAUCGAAGCUCUAGGUGUUUCUUGACAUUUCUUCUGUUAUUAGGGCUUACAAACACAAGAUGUCUUAUUUUAACUAAUGCCUAGGUCAACUGCUGGCUUUUUUUUAACUUGUAACCUGUAUAUCCAAAAGUGAUUUUAUGAAGGUACAGCAAAAUGUGUACUGACAUAUAAUCAGCUUUAUCUUACUCAUUUGGGGAAGCUGUGGAAUACGAAAGAUAUUUUUUUUUUUCUGAUGUUCUGAGAAGUAUCUUGCAUGUGUAGAAGAUGAGUUGCCUAAAUAUAUGGAAAUCACAAAGAAUGGUGAAGUUUUUGAUUAGUUUUUACAGGGUUGAAUGUAAUUAGUUUGUAUAUACAAAAAAUAUUUUCAUCCUGACCAUUAAAAUACAUACAGGGAAAGACAUAAUGGGGGUUAGAGUAGAAAAAAAAAUCAAACUGGAUAUAUACUUAAACAUGGCUUCUUUCAGUCCAUUUUGAGCUCUCAAAUAAUCAUGAUAUGGAAAUAUCAUAGUUUAAUAUAUGGCUUAACAUUUACUCUUCUUUGUCUGUAUAAGUUUUCUUAUCUAGGUAUGUAAUACUAUUUUACCUGGAUAGGGAUGCAGAGCUCCCUUUGGAGAUGAUUGAAGUUUUGUAAACGAAUUGGGAGGCCUAAUAGAUGAAAAUCCAUGUCUGAAAUUUUCCUGUAUUAAUAUUGUAUGUCUCUCAGCAUUUUCCUUUUGCAAGGCUUCAUAUUCAACAGAAGAAUGUACUUUGUAGAAGGAAAGCUUGUCUGUUGUACUUUGUCCUGGGCUCAUCUUCCAGCACUGACGGAAGAGAUUCCUAAUGGUUAUUUGUCAGGCAAUGUUGUCAGCUCUGCCGUGAGUACAGUUCAAGCGCUUCUUUAAUUUGCUUCAGAAAAAUCAGCUAAAUAUAGCUCGGACUAUUUAAACUGUGCCAUGCAAGUAGUUUCGCCCCAAAUGAGGUGGUUGGCACAUGCAAACCUUUUUAGCUAGUCUGUGGCAGAAAUUACUCUUUUUGCCUGCUUUUCUGAAGGUAGAGACAAGGAGGAAGGUGGAAAUGCAUUUUUAUGUGUUUUCAGGUUUAGUCUGUGGUGGUAGCACCAGCUCUUUCAUGAUUGUUAUUUCAGUUUUCUCCCAAUUAUUUUUAUAGUUUACACAUUUCAAUCUUUUAUGUAAUCAAGAAUGCAUUUUUUUUUCUAUUGUGUGUGAUAUUUCAUAGACACUGUUCCAGAUGGUAUUUGGAAAGGUAGAAGAAUAUCAUGAAAGCAGGCCUGUUCACAUUUUAUAUUUCAAGUCUUUUUUAAGGUAUUUGGAUUGUAUUGAUUCCUUUCUGUAAGGUAACUUCUUUACAAAAGAAAACCACAAGGCAAUGCCUCACUAAUGACAGUAAGUAGAUUUCCAUUUCUGCCUUCUUCCAUGAACUAAGCUUAAUGGUCACAACUCUGGUUUUAGUACCUAAAACUGUCAUUUAAGUGAAUAGGAAAUUUAUGGAAUGCUGCUGAAUGAAUGCAGCAACUAUACUGUUUUGGGGGUUUUUUGUGGUGACUAUUCCUGUGUGGUGCUAUUUUGUAAACAAAGUAUGUGUGGCAAGGAUGGAAUUUUUAAAAGGUACUGAACAUUGGCCUAACUCUGCUUUCAUUUAUUUAAAAGAAGCAGGGUUAUGCUUAAGCUGAGUCCUUGUGAACUGGCUGUCUAAAUUGGGAUUUUAUCAUAUUUACAUCUCCAGAAGUGUUCUUAUUCCGCAAAGCAAGAAGGCAUUAAGACUGCAAUUCUAAAUUUUUUGCUUCUAAAACACAAAUAUCUUUCAGAAAAUACUUGAGAAAGUCCUUGUUAAACUAAAUUGCAGAAGCCUAACAGUUUGUUUAUAGUUAAGUUCCUUAACCAACCGUAGAUUCUACUAUUUGCAUGCAGCAAUUUAAAUAAUGCACUUAGCAGCCAGUCUGUAUAUAAGAAAACAAGUUUGGGGUUUUUUUUCUGAAUAAUGUUUGUAUGUAAUUGAGCUUGCAAAUUGUUCCUGGUUUUUAUGAAUUUGUAUAUAUUGUCUGAAGAACUCCAAUCUUAAUUUCUAUUUGUAGCAGGUUGUUCGAUGAACAAAAAUGGAACAUACAUUCCUUUGAGACUACCUGGGUACCUUUUACUGGACUUGAAGUUACAGUGUGUCUCACACAGAUACACUUUUUCCUGAGAGGAUAGAACUGUAGCAUUUAGUGGAGGCUGACUGAAUAACAAUAAUACAUAAAAACUAGUCAGUUCCCCUGCUUUUAGCUAGUGGAAAAGAGGCUUUUUUUCCCUGUUGUAUUAAUAUUUUUUUUUUCCCCUUGAGGACUGUGCCGCCCAAAUAAGUAAGCAUCAAGUAUUCAUAAAGUCUUUCAAAAAGUCUUUUUUUUCAUAGUUACAGGGUUUUUUUUCCCAGUUUGGCUUUCUAGGCCAAGUUACUGAGAAACACUUGCUUUCUAUACGCCUGCCAAAAAGUUGGGACUUUCUAUUUUUAAAUGCUUUCUUUAUGUCAGUAAUGGAAAAAGCACAGGAUCCUUUACUUGCAAAAGCAUAAAACAGUAUUUAUGGGGAAAGGUGCUUUAUCUUUUGGAAAGUGCCAUGCCAAAUUUUAUUGUAUAAGAGCUCUCAAUAAGAAACUUCUUUUCUGGCUUCAUUACAUUUAUAAGUAUAUGGGCCAAAUUCACUUGUAGCAUAAUUCUGCUGAACUAAAUUUUGUUAAGUCUUUCACAGUAGUAUUCUACCUCUAAACUAGAAUCUGAAAAAAGAAGAAUUAGGCAUUGAUUUGUCUUUCUACUUCUCACCAUUUUCUGUAAAGAAUGGUGGGGGGUUAAACUGGUACAGUUCAUAUAUUUUCUAUAAGUGUUUACAUUUCUGGAUUUAUUGUUUCUUAAAUAUUUUGUUUGUACCUCUGAGUUUUGAAUUUUAAAUAAAUGAUUUGUAUGUUUAUUGAAAA